AAAAUUAUAAAAUAAUUAAAAAAAUUAAAUAAAAAGUGUUAAAUAUAAAAAUUAAUUAAAACAAAAUAAUCAUUUAAAUAAAAUAAUAACAAAAAUUUGUGCAGAAAAUAAAGUUUUUAGUCAUCAAUGCUGUAGUUACUGUAAAUUCUGUGUCAAAUUGUAAUUUUUCUGUGUCAUCAUCCAAAAUCCAAACAUCUUCAAGCAGCUUUAAACAUCUUUAAUCUUUAAAUUAUUGACUAAGAUAAUUUGCUGAUAUUUUCCACUAAUUUGACAAACAAAAAAACAGUCAUGAAACACUUGAGAACAAAAUCCUAAAUAAAUUUUAAAAACAUACAAAAAAGUUGCCAAAAGUUUUUAAAUAAAAUUAAAAUCAAACAAAUAUUAAAAUAUAUAAAAGCAGACCAUGCGUCUGGCAAAACUUGCCUCACAAAAAACUAAAAAAAAUAAUCAACAUAAAUAUGAAUUGCAACAGCAACAAAAUAAUGAAUGGACUAGUAAUACUAAGGGUCAAGCAGGAGGAGGAUUUGGCAAGCGUUUCAGUGGCACCCUCAGCAUACUCAGUAGCAGUAAUAAUAGUGGCAGUGUGCGCAGUAGUGUGGCAGGCGUUAACAGCGCUCAGCGCAAUAGUUUUGGUAACGGCAGCUGCAUCUCCUCGUCUGCCUCUACCAACAAUACAUGUACGAACAAAAAACGUAAAUCGAAAACCACAAAGUGUUUUAGUAGCACAGUGUUUCGUUGUUGCCUUCCUUGUCGCGGGGGCAGCGGCUCGGCAGCCCCCGCCACAAGUCCACCCCAUACGCCCGUACCACCGAACAAUUCGACCUCGACAAAGGCCGACAGUACAGUAAAACGCAAGCGUUCGGGUAAGUCAGCCAUUGAAUUGACAACGGACGGUAACGAAUCAUUAAUUGCAGCGGUAAAGAAACAUUCAUUGGCCGAUACUAUUGGCACCUCAGCCACCACACCCAUCUCGCUCAAGACCCUUAUCAACGACGAGGAAGAGGAUUUGCAACAACACAUCAGUGCUGCCGAUAUAGCAGCUGCCAAAUUAGCUUCGGGUAUUUUGCCACGCAAGGCUGAACCGGAAACUCUAAGUGACACUAGCAUUUCGCCCACAACAGCCGUAUUACAACUGGCUGCUGGAUCUGCUUCAGCCAGUUCCCUACUCUCGACUACAACCUCGUUGCUGUCCACUACUACAGCUGCAAAUACACAAGUAACUUUUGUAGCCAACAAAACAACAACAACUCAAGUAUCACCUUUAACACCACCGAAUACAAAUAGUAAUUUUGUAUAUCAAUCAUCAUCCAUAGUGGAGCAGAAUAAUAUUGUUGGAAAAACAAUAAAUACACCAACUGCUUCCACCAUACAAGCAACAACACCAACAUCACCUCUUUCGCCGCUGCCAGCUUUGACUACAGCUGCUUCAUCGGGGGUAACAGCGGUCAUAGCCACCGCUAAUACUACAACAUCAACAACAACUACCUCGUCCUCAACGGCAUCGUCGACACCAUCGCGUUGUUGUUGUCCACCGCCACAGACUUCACCGUUGCCACACAUCAAGGAAGAAGAAGAGUCUGAACAGUUACUACAACGCCAACACAGCGCCAAUCAAGACGACGAUAAUCUAACCGAACCCACCCAACAACAACAACAGCAAAACCAACAAUCACAACUCGAUCAGCUCUCCCCUUUUACGGCCAAUCCUAGUGGUAGUAGUGACAGUUGUACUUCCCUGUCCGCCACUGCUGUAACUACAGCAACUACAUCUUCCAUAACCGGUGGUGGUUGUACACCACAAGAAUUUACCAAUACCUCCACUCCUUCUCCCAGAAUCAAACACAAAUUUCGCAAACAACACAAAUCCGGUUGGUCACGUAUUAUACUUGCUCCGAACAGUAGUCUAGUACCAGUUGGUGGCGGCAGCGGCGGUACUUGUGGUGUUGCCAACUCUAGUGAAACUUUAGCUUCAUCCUCGAAUAAUAGUAGUAGUGCUGCUACGGUCAGUGCUGCUAUAGCGGCAGCUCAAGCAACUCGCUUAGCAUCAUCAUCGGCGACAGCUCUCGCUACACAACAAUCGUCUAGUUCACAGUUAUUACCGGCCAGCAAAAUGCAAGCCGAACAGGGUUCAAUUGGUGAUCUGCAGAAGUAUCACAGUCGAUACUUGAAGAAUCGAAGGCAUACGUUGGCGAACGUUCGGUGAGUCUUUUAUUAGAAAUUAUAGACAUUUUAACACCUGUUUUCUGUGUAAGUAAAGUUUUAUGCCUUGUAAAUUAUUUUGGGUUACAAAAUAUGAUUAUUUUAUUUACAGGCACGUCUGCCAAAUGGCUAUAAAUUUUCUGAAAAUUUUUAAAAUAAACUUGUAAAAGAGGCUACUAAGGGGGGAAAGCAAAAAAGUUUCUUAAUAUUUGAGUCAAUUAUUGAUGUAUUGAGUCUUAAUUUUUAGUUUAAAGACAGUUUUGGUUUUAUUAAAUCAUUUAAAUAGAAAACAAGAUUCAUUAGCAAUUUGCUAAGUUUAAGAGACAAGUUUUUAACUUAAGUAUUUGCUUUUAACUAAGUUACCGUUUUAUGUGUGAAAUGGUAAAAAAAACUAUUGUUUUAACUUGCACUAUAUUCUUUUAUUUAAAUUUAACUUAGAAAACUUUAUUUUAGAAAAAUACGUAAAAAACAACAGGGGAAAACUUACAA